AUGGACCUUAAAUAUGAAGAGAUUUUAAAACACUUGGAGAAACAGGAUGAACUCCUCAUGGAUGCUAGUAGAUCAUUGUCACAUGAAUGGCAAAAACUUAAGGCUGAGGAAGAUAUGUUAAUGCAUGCUUUUUCUGAUUUCAUGGAAGCUCAAGGCCGGACGACAAAGAAAAAAGAUGGUAGGGAUGUUGUUCUUGAAGAAAUCAAUCGACCACACUCAAAAGAAGUUGUUAAUGUAGAUUUUGUUGGGUGUCCCAACAUUAAAAUAAAUUAA